AUUGGGAGAUGAAUUCAACACCUAUUGCCACAAUGACUAAAUCGGAUUUAUUGAAAAAGCGGACUACUGCCAUUAGAGAUAAACUUAAUGGAUCAAUAAAUGCUGCCAAUUUAUAUGCCUCCCAAUUUGAAAUUUACUCACAUUUGUGGAACGAAAAGUACAUUAAUGUUCUUAAGAAGAAUUUACGAGAUGCUCGUAAUUUCGACUCGACUUGCUACUAUAUCUUGGAUGUUUUUAAACAGUCUAUUGAAUAUUAUAAAGACUUACAUGAAAACAUAGAUCAACUUGAAGAAAAACAUUGCAUUCAAAACUGGCUUUCAAUAAACGUGAAACCUCUUAAGUACAGCUUAUUAAAUUCGGUUUGUAAAUGGAUUGAAUUUUUCAAGGAACGCUUAUUCAAAUACAUGGAGAAAACCAUUCAAAAGUACGACAUUUUUAUCGAAAGAGGCUUCAACUUGCUGCAGUUGCAUAUAAAGCGUGAUGAUUUAGGAACUCUUUUACAAAUACUAACAAUAAUUAGGCAAAUUUAUGAACAUGAAGCUGAAACUGAUAAUAUAUUUAAGCCAUUGAAAGAGGCCGUUGCUUUACUGAAGAGUUAUGGUGCGUGUUUUAAUGCGGAAUUCUUACGAAAAAUCGAUCAUCUGCCCGCCCAAUGGAAUCAACUUAAAAGGUUAGCCACAACAAAAUCCGAAGCGUUACGUGAAACCAAAUUAUAUCAACAGCAAAGAAUAGCGACUCUUACAAUGAUCUUCUCUUGCUACGCGCAAUCAUUUGCUAAACGUUUCCAUCGAAUGACGUUUUUUAAAGUUCCAUGCCCCGAAGUUUAUUCGCUCUGUGAUAGGAUUUGUCAGAAAUUAAAUUACUAUUUCACCACACAUCAAAAAAUAUCGAACUGUUCACAAGUUCUUGAAAUUGACCCACCGGACUAUGAGGUUUUGCAUAAAUGCAAAAUGCAAAUAAAACAUAUAAAACAACUAUGGGAUUAUGUUAAUGUUAUUGAAUCUAGUGUUAAUCACUGGCGCACUAGGUCUUGGCUUAAAUUAGACAUUGAUGAUGUAGAGAAUUACUGUAAGCAGUUUACACGAGAUCUACGUUCUCUUGAUAAGAGCAUACGAGAUUGGGCACCGUACUUGCAUAUCGUAAGACUGCUUAAAGAAUUAAACUCUUCUUUUCGAACCGUUACCGAACUUCAAAAUCCGGCAUUAACGGAACGUCACUGGAUGGAAUUGAUGACUGAAUUAAAGCUUUCUUUAAAAAUAAAUCCACGUACUACACUCGACGAGCUGUCAUCACUGGGUCUUUAUAAACAUGAAGAGGAAAUUAAGAAUUUUGUUGAUCGUGCGGUUAAAGAGAUGGCUGUAGUUAAAAUGUUGGACGAAAUUAAUAAGACUUGGUCAUUUAUGGAAUUUUAUAUCGAGCCCCAUCAUCGUCGCCAAGAAAUAAACAUGCUAAAAGUGUCUGAGGAAUUUAUAGAAAUUCUAGAUGAUAAUCAAAUUCAGUUGCAAAAUAUGACGGCAUUAAAGCAUGGGACGUACAUCAGUGAGAAAAUCAAUUAUUGGCAGAAUAUCUUGGCUAAAGUGGAAAUAUUUAUCAAUAGUUGGCUGGAAGUACAGAGGAAAUGGAUGUACUUGGAAAGUAUAUUCAUUGGUUCGCCGGAUAUAAGAGCACAACUUAGUCAAGAUACAAUGCAUUUCGAAGAAAUUGAUGAAAAUUUCAGAUCAUUGCUUAAUAAAGUUGUUUCGGUGCGCACUGCCAAAGCAAUUGUUUUGGAACAUGAAGAUAUGUUUGCAACGUUGAUUCAUUUGCAGGAACAGUUGACACUUUGCGAGAAAGCUUUAUACGAGUAUUUAGAGACAAAACGUAUGACAUUUCCCCGAUUUUAUUUUAUCUCAUCUGCUGAUCUCUUGCAUAUACUGUCGAAUGGUAGUAAUCCUCAGAUAAUAGAUCAACAUUUAAUAAAACUUUUCGAUUCAAUACUACGGUUAGUGUACAAUGCUGGUACCACGCAAGCGAUAGGCGUUAUAUCCAAAGAAAACGAUGAAUAUGUUCAAUUUAUGUCGAAUUAUAUCGAGUGCUCCGGUAAGGUAGAAUUGUGGCUAACAAAUCUGAUCGAAGAAAUGCGUUAUACUUUACAUGAACUCUUCGAUCGCGGAUUGCAUGCGUAUGCGAAGAAACCUAGAGAAAAUUGGAUUUUCGAUUGGCCUGCACAAGUCGCGCUAUGUUGCAGCCAAAUCUAUUGGACUGCGGAAGUAAAUAAAGCAUUUGUCUGGAUUGAAGAGGGUUACGAAGCUGCGAUGCGAGAAUUUCACAAGCAGCAAGUAAGCCAAUUAAAUGCGUUGAUAAAUCUUUUAAUGAGCGACUUGAAGCCGGGAGAUCGGCAAAAAAUUAUGACCAUGUGUACCAUAGAUGUUCACUCCCGGGAUGUUGUUAACAAAAUUAUUUCGGGCAAAGUCGAUAAUUCUUCAGCUUUUCCUUGGCAAAGUCAAUUGCGUCACAGAUGGGAUUCCAAUAAUAGGAAAGACACAUCUUCAGGUUAUGCUAUGGAUUGUUUUGCGAAUAUUUGUGAUGCAGAAUUUCAGUAUGCUUACGAAUAUCUGGGCAAUACCACACGUUUAGUGAUUACACCACUUACAGAUCGUUGCUACAUUACCUUAACUCAGUCAUUGCAUUUAGUGAUGGGAGGUGCAACAGCGGGCCCUGCUGGUACCGGCAAGACAGAGACUACAAAAGACCUAGGGCGAGCCUUAGGGGUAAUGGUUUAUGUUUUCAAUUGCUCGGAACAAAUGGAUUACAAGUCCUGCGCUAAUAUCUACAAAGGUUUGGCGCAAACAGGAGCAUGGGGAUGUUUUGACGAAUUUAAUCGUAUCUCAGUUGAAGUGCUUUCAGUUAUUGCGAUCCAGGUUAAAACUAUUCAAGAAGCGAUAAAGAUGUUUAAAAAAAAAUUUUUGUUUAUGGGCGAAGAAAUAGCGCUCGAGCCCUCUGUAGGUAUCUUUAUUACUAUGAAUCCAGGUUACGCCGGACGCACGGAAUUACCGGAAAAUCUAAAAACUUUGUUUCGCCCGUGUGCCAUGAUUGUGCCGGAUUUCGCGUUAAUUUGCGAGAUAAUGCUAAUGGCUGAAGGAUUCCAAGAUGCUUAUAGAUUAGCUCGAAAAUUCAUCACUUUAUACACUUUGUGCAAAGAGUUGCUAUCGAAACAAGACCACUAUGAUUGGGGAUUACGGGCCAUCAAAUCAGUAUUGGUGGUUGCUGGGUCUCUAAAACGGGACGACCGUAGCCGACCGGAAGAACAAGUGCUUAUGAGAGCUCUACGCGACUUCAAUAUACCAAAAAUUGUCACUGAAGAUGUAUCAAUAUUUACGGGUCUUAUCGGCGAUCUUUUCCCAGCAAUAGAUGUGCCUCGUAAAAGAAGAUUUGAUUUCGAAAAAACAGUACGACUUGCCAUAACUGAAAUGAAAUUGCAACCGGAGCAACGUUUUCUUAUGAAAGUUGUUCAGCUGCAAGAGUUAUUCGAUGUACGUCAUUCUGUGUUUAUAGUAGGAAAUGCGGGAACAGGCAAAACAAAAACUUGGCAAACUCUACAUGAAACCUAUCAUAUGCAAGGAUUGAAGCCUGUUUGCAACGUACUCAAUCCAAAAGCCUUAACUAACGAUGAACUAUUCGGUAUUGUUAAUGCCAAGACGCGAGAAUGGAAAGAUGGCUUGUUUUCAUCAAUUAUGCGAGAUCAAGCCAAUAUGACGCAAGAUAAUCCUAAAUGGAUUGUACUUGAUGGUGACAUAGAUCCUAUGUGGAUUGAAAGUCUUAAUACUUUAAUGGAUGAUAAUAGGAUUUUAACUUUGGCUAGCAAUGAACGAAUUUCUCUUAAGAAAGAAAUGCGCCUAAUUUUUGAAGUCGGUCACUUAAAAGCAGCUACACCGGCGACGGUAUCUCGAGCCGGAAUAUUAUACAUUAACACGCAAGAUUUGAGCUGGUCAUCAUAUGUUGUAUCGUGGCUCGAAACCCGCACAGAUCUUAUUGAACGGAGUAUUUUGACAACUCUUUUCGAAAAAUACUAUCCUCGACUAAUGCAACAUCAGCAAAAUUUCAAACGCAUUAUACCUAUCCCUGUAAUAGCUAUGAUUCAAAUAUCAUGCCAUCUGCUAGAGAGCUUACUUGAGACAUCACUCAAGUCGAAUAGCAUCUUAGUUGAGACAUCGAGGCUUAGCCAGCCUUGCAAUUCUCAGCAUAACAAUGAUACUACAGAAAUUAUGGAGACCCAUUUAACAUUAAUGUUCACUUAUGCCACUAUGUGGGGAUUCGGGUCCAUUCUACAUGAGGAUCAAAUCAUUGAUUGGCGUCGCGAAUUCCAUAAAUGGUGGACAUCAGAAUUUAAGGACAUCAAAUUGCCUUCGCUCGGAACUAUAUUUGAUUAUUAUCUGGAUGUGCAAGCUCAAAAAUUUACACCUUGGGCCGACGUGGCUUGGCAAACACCUUGUAAUUUAAUUGAUUUGGAUACACCGCUGCAGAAUAUUUUAAUUCAAACCGCGGAAACAAAUCGACUCAUGUAUUUUUUGAAAACACUUAUGGAACGAAAUUUGCCUUGCAUGUUAGUUGGGACAUCGGGAUGCGGUAAAAGCUCUAUAUUUCGUGAGCUUUUUAAAAAAUACACCAGCUAUCAAGACGCCAUCACUAUAAAGAACUCUUCCGCUUCAACUGUUAUACAAGAAAUUCAUUUCAACUUUUAUACGACCUCAGAGAUUCUACAGAAAAUUUUAGAAUAUCCUUUGGAAAAAAAAUCGGGAAAAUGUUACGGACCUAUAGGCUCUAAUCGUCGAUUAAUUUACUUUAUCAAUGACUUAAAUAUGCCAAAAGUCGACGCUUACGGUACUGUACAAGCUCAUACCAUUAUACGCCAAUUUAUGGAUUACAGACAAUGGUACGAUCGCCAACAUUUACGACUGAAAAACAUACGUAAAUGCCAGUUCGUUGCUUGUAUGAACCACACUGCUGGAUCCUUUACCAUAGAUCCGCGUUUACAACGACAUUUUUGCAUAUUUUCUUUAGCCGCCCCAAGUGAGGAGACACUUCAUUACAUAUAUGGUACAAUUCUUAGUUCACAUUUGGAAAAUUCAAGCAAUAAUUUUUCAAAGGAAAUCAAAAUGAUCGGCGACCUUUUGGUACGUGUUGGGAUUUACCUUCACCGAAGAGUUGAAUAUCUUUUUCCAGCAACAGCUUUAAAAUUCCAUUAUACAUUUAAUAUGAGAGACUUGACAAAUAUUUACCAGAAUGUAGGGAACAGCGUUGGCGUUAGUAAUACCGGAUCGAAUGCAGCGUUGACAAAUUUCACUGGAACAAUUUGCAGUAAACCUUCAGAUCUCAUUCGCUUGUAUGUUCAUGAAGCAUUUCGUGUUUAUCACGAUCGACUAGUGGAUCAAUUCGAUAUCAAAUCGUUCAAGAGCUCAAUUCGAGACGUUUUUAAAAAAGAUUUUGAAGACUUUGAUGAAGAAUUUGUAUUUUCAGAACCAUUAAUAUAUUGUCACUUCACGCAAUCAUUAGUGGACCAAAGAUAUAUGCCAAUUAGUGGUUGGCAGCGUUUAUAUGAAUCACUUAUGGAAGCUUUAAUCAAUUAUAACGACGUCUCCGGUCAUAUGAACUUGGUUCUUUUUGAAGACGCUAUGAAACAUUUGUGCCGGAUAAAUCGAAUUUUAGAAAGUCCCUGCAGUAAUGCUUUAUUAGUGGGUGUGGGAGGAUCCGGCAAACAAACAUUAACUCGAUUGGCUUCAUUUAUAUCAUCUCUGAGUAUCUUUCAAAUACAAAUAAAGAGAGGAUUUUGCUCUCAGGACAUGAAAGAUGAGAUGGCUGCAUUAUAUAUGAAAGUUGGAUUGAAAAAUAUCGCUACAGUAUUUUUAAUAUCUGAUACGCAAAUACCCGAUGAAUCAAUAUUAAUUUAUAUAAAUGAUUUCUUGGCUUCUGGCGAAAUACCCGAUCUUUUCAGCGACGAUCAAUUAGAAUCUAUAAUGAAUACUAUACGCGGCGAAGUGAAACAAAGUGGAAUACUUGAUAUAAAGGAAAAUUGUUGGCGCUAUUUUGUGAUGAAAGUUCGCAGACUUUUAAAGGUAGUGCUAUGUUUUUCACCCGUCGGCCAUAGUUUUCGCCGGAGAGCUAGAAAAUUUCCAGCGAUAAUAAAGCAUACAAGUAUUGAUUGGUUUCAUGAAUGGCCCGAUUCAGCUUUGGAAUCAGUAUCUCGGAAAUUUUUAAACGAAGUAUCUGAAAACAUUUUACCGCACAAUUUCAUUAAACCCAUAAGCACAUUUAUGGCUUACGUACAUGGGACAGUAAAUCAAAUUUCCAAAGUAUUUAAACAAAAUGAAAAGCGAUUCAAUUAUACGACACCGAAAACAUUUCUUGAAUAUAUCUUUUUAUACCGCAAACUUUUAAUUGAAAGAAACGACGAGUACACCAAACGCAUUAAUCGCUUAGAAAGCGGUAUGGCGAAAUUAGCGGAAUGUUCAAUUCAAGUAGAAAUUUUAAAGGAUCAACUUGCAACGCAACAAAUACAGCUUAAUGCUAAAAAUAGUGCCGCUGAUAAAUUAAUCGGAGUCAUUAGCUCUGAAAGCGAAAAAGUUAGGAAUGAAAAAAAUAUUGCUUCUGAAGAGGAGAAACGUGUAAAAAUAAUUGAGGAAGAUGUCUUAAUUAAAACAAAAACAUGCGAAGAAGAUCUAAGAAAAGCAGAACCAGCUUUAGUUGCUGCCCAGGCAGCUUUAAAUACGCUUAACAAAAACAAUUUAACGGAACUGAAAUCAUUCGGUUCACCUCCAAAAGCUGUAGUCAAUGUAUGUGCGGCCGUUAUGGUGCUUUUGGCCGUCAAUGGGAAAAUACCUCACAAUCGUAGUUGGAAAGCGGCUAAAUUGAUGAUGGUACGAGUUGAUCAAUUUUUAAAUGAUUUGAUUAAUUACAACAAGGAAAACAUACAUCCAAAUAUAAUCGAUCUAUUGGAAAAAUACCUCGAGGAUCCAGAAUUUAAUCCGGAUAAGGUUGUACAAAAGUCUGUAGCUGCUGCGGGCCUUUGUGCAUGGGUUAUUAAUAUUUAUCGUUAUUAUCAAAUCUUUUUAUUUGUUGGGCCAAAACAACGGGCUCUGAAAGAUUCUCAAGAGGAAUUGAAAAAUGCCAGGGAACAUUUACAUUAUUUAAAAAGCAAAAUAAUUAGUUUAGAGCAUAAACUCGCUCAGAUACAAGCCGAAUUCGAAGAGGCUGUAAACGCUAAGCAAAAAUGCCAAGCAGACGCUGAUAAAACUACGAAUACCAUCGAUGUGGCACAUCGCCUAGUAAAUGGAUUGGUUAAUGAAAACAUACGCUGGAAACAAUCUGUGCAAAGUUUGAUUUCUAAAAUUGCAACAUUACCUGGAGACAUGCUAUUAAUAUGCUCCUUUUUGUCUUACGUUGGAUCUUUUACUAGACGAUAUCGUGAUGAACUGCAACAAAAACUUUGGAUACCGAAUUUUAAAAAGCUUCAGCCUGCAGUUCCUCACACAGACGCGGAAAAUUUUCUUAUGUUAUUUACCGACGAUGCGCAAAUUGCUAUUUGGAAUAACGAAGGUUUACCAAUGGAUCGUAUGUCAACCGAAAAUGCUACAAUUUUGGUGAAUUCUACUUGCUGGCCACUAAUAAUUGAUCCACAAUUGCAAGGCAUCAAGUGGAUUAAAAAUCGUUUUGGCGAAGCUUUAAUUGUUAUACGCCUGUCAGAGAGAAAUUUUUUAGAAAAACUCGAGAGUGCAAUUACCAAAGGUGAUACAGUCCUUAUGGAACAAAUUGAAGAAACUGUAGACACUGUCCUUGAUCCUCUUAUGAGUCGUUUCCUUAUCAAAAAAGGCCAUUAUAUACGUAUCGGCGAUAAGGAAUUAGAAUUCAAUCCGAAUUUUCGUUUAAUUUUGCAAACCAAGCUAGCGAAUCCUCAUUUUAAGCCCGAAAUGCAAGCGCAAACGACACUCAUCAAUUUUACUGUUACUCCAGAUGGCCUUGAAGAGCAACUUUUGGCAGAGGUUGUAAAAAUGGAACGACCCGAUUUGGAAAAAAUGAAAGCCAAGCUUACAAUUCAGCAAAAUAAAUUUAAAAUAUAUUUGAAAGAUUUAGAAGAUGAUUUAUUGGCGCGCCUUGCAUCAGCGAAAGAAAAUAUUUUGGAUGACAAUGAAUUGGUGCAAAAUCUCGAGGCGACUAAACGUACUACAGACGAUAUUGAAAUCAAAGUGAAUGAAACACGCGCUACUGCCAUGCAAAUUGAUGACGCACGCAAUAUGUACCGUCCGGCUGCAAAUAGGGCUUCCCUACUAUAUUUUAUUCUUUUUGAUUUGGGACGAAUUAAUCCGAUUUAUCGAUUUUCUCUCAAGUCCUACAUGCACGUCUUUAAGCAGGCGAUAAAACUGGCCGCACCAGAAAGUCGUCAAAAUAAGCGCGUAGCUCUGCUUGUCGAGUCGAUUACGCUGCGAACGUUCCAGUACACUAUUAGAGGACUAUUCGAAGUGGAUAAAUUGACCUUUACAACGCAUAUGACUCUUCGUCUAAUGGCCAAUUCAAAAUGUAUUUGCGCAGAGGAAAUCGAUUUCUUAUUACGAUAUCCCCACGAUCCCAAUACUUCGGCGCCUGUUGAUUUUAUCAAUUCAAAUUCAUGGGGCGGUAUAAAAUCAUUGUCACUUUUAGAGGAUUUCUAUGGCCUGGAUAAAGACAUCGAAACGUGCUCUAAACGAUGGCGCAAAUUCAUAACAAGCGAAGCUCCUGAACUGGAGCAACUACCGGGCGAAUGGAAACAUCGUACGCGUUUACAAAAACUUUGUAUAUUAAGGGCAGUGCGUCCGGAUCGUGUAAGCAAUGCUCUAAGAGAUUUUGUGGAGCAAACCAUGGGAAAAGAGUAUGGUACUAUCAAGUCGUACCAACUUGGAGAAAUUUUAAAGGAAAUUUCUGCAUAUAUUCCAGUGGUAUUUAUACUCUCACCAGGUGUUGAUCCAAUAAGAGACGUGGAAUCUAUUGGCUCCAAGCAGGGCUUCACUUCCGAAGCAGGAACGCUAAUAAAUAUAUCACUUGGACAAGGACAAGAAAUUGUAGCUGAACAAGCUAUUGGCACUGCCUUGAAAACAGGUCAACAAUGGGUAGUGCUGCAAAAUAUACAUCUUGUUAAGCAUUGGUUGCCUACUUUAGAUAAGUUGAUUGAAAAUAUUUCGUCGGAAAGGCUUCCUAAAGCGGAAUCAAACUUUAGAUUAUUUAUUAGUCUCGAACCAGCUCCAGAUCCCCAAUAUCAUAUUAUACCUCAAGGUAUUUUGGAGUCUUCUUUAAAAAUAGUGAACGAACCUCCAUCGGGAAUGGCUGCCAAUUUGCAUAAGGCUUGGGAUAAUUUUUCUUCCGAUACAUUAGAAACAUGUACUCAAGAGGCGGAAUUUAAAUCCAUAUUAUUCGCUCUUUGCUUCUUUCAUUCAGUUUGCAGUCAAAGAUAUAAAUUUGGUCCAUUAGGUUGGAAUAAGACAUAUCCAUUUAAUAUAGGCGAUCUCACAAUAUCAGCAUCCGUGCUGCGUAAUUAUCUCGAAAAGUGUAGUCAUAUACCGUGGGAAGACUUGCGAUACUUAUUCGGUGAGAUAAUGUAUGGCGGUCAUAUUACAGAUGAUUGGGAUCGUCGUUUAUGCCAAACAUAUUUAGAGGAAAUUUUACAACAGGACUUAAUUGACGGCGACUUUGAGCUGUGUCCAGGAUUCCCUUCUCCCCCGAAUUUAGAUUUUCAAGGAUAUCAUGAUUAUAUUUCUGAAGUUUUACCUGUUGAUUCACCUACACUGUACGGUCUACAUCCUAAUGCCGAAAUCGGUUUCCUAACAAACAUAUCUGAGCAGAUGCUAAAAACCAUAUUCGAAUUGCAACCAAGGCAAUCCGAUUUAAGUACGAACUAUGGAGCGCCCCGAGAAGAAUUAGUUAAAAUAAUGAUUGAUGAUUUUCUUGAUAAAUUGCGAGAUGAAUUUAAUCUACAAGCAUUACUGAAUCGGGUAGGAAGCAAAACCCCGUUUGUUGUCGUUGCUCUUCAAGAAUCGGAACGCAUGAACAUGUUAAUACAUGAAAUAAAACGUUCCUUGCGAGAGUUACUGUUAGGUUUAAAGGGUGAGCUUACUUUAACUGUAGAAAUGGAACGACUCGAUCAUGCCAUAUUUUACGAUCAAAUACCCGAGACUUGGAUGAAUUUAGCAUAUCCAAGCAUGUUAAAUCUGCAAAGUUGGUUCGCCGAUUUAUUGCACAGAAUCAAAGAGUUAUCCUUAUGGCUUAAUGACUUUAAAUUACCUUGUACGAUUUGGCUGGGGGGACUUUUCAGCCCACAGAGUUUCCUUACAGCCAUAAUGCAAGAAAGCGCAAGAAAGCGCGACUUACCGCUCGAUCGUAUGUGUUUACAUUGUGACGUAACCAAGAAGGAUAAAGAUUCGAUUACUUUGCCUCCCAUCGAAGGUGCAUUUGUUCAUGGACUUUUUUUGGAUGGUGCAAGUUGGGAUUGCCAGCUUAAUUCAAUCGUUCCUCUGCACCCGAAAGAACUGUUUUGUGCUUUACCAAUAAUUUACAUCAAAUCAGUAGUGCAAAGUAAACACGAUUUUCUACAUGUAUACGAAUGUCCUCUUUAUAAAACCAGAUUUCGUGAAAGUACCUAUGUGUGGACAUUUAAUUUAAAAACAUGUGACAGACCAGCAAAAUGGAUCUUAGGAGGAGUUGCGUUGUUAUUGCAACCAUAA